AUGUUUGAAUUUGAUGAGGAGGAGCAGUUCUACGUGAACCUGGAUGAGAAGGAGAUGGUCUGGCUUCUACCAGAGUUUAUUCACACCUUUGACUUUGGUGCUCAGAGAGGUGUUGCUGGCAUCGUCAUGGCUCCUUGGGUUCUAUCCCCUUUUGGAGCCCCCACCGAGGUGACCGUCUUUCCCAAGGAGCCUGUGGAGCUGGGCCAGCCCAACACCCUCGUCUGCCAUGUUGACAAGUUCUUCCCACCAGUGCUGAACAUCAUGUGGCUGCACAGUGGGGAGCCAGUCAUUGAGGGUAUUGCAGAGACCAUCUUCCUGCCCAGCAACAAACUCAGAUUCCACAGGUUCCACUACCUGACCCUCGUUCCCAUGGCCGAGGACACCUGUGACCUCCAGGGGGAGCACCAGCCUCUCCUCAGGCACUGGGGUAUGGAGCGCCCUCCCUCUGCCAUCACGGCCUUGGCACCACCUUUAUUUCCUGGACCCAUCGCCCCUCAGCACCUGCCUUCCUCAAUCCCAUGUUUUAUGGUCACUUUAUCCAAAUUUCACCAUCUCAUGGUUUCGAAUACCCAACACCUCCCACACCCAAGGCCAGCCCCUGCUCUCUGUACCUUAUAA